AUGGAGUUUGAAGAAAAGCAUGACAGCAAUGGGACUCUUGUAGGAAAGAGUCAACCACACCUAGGUGAGAAGCAUCAGUCAAAUGGGAAACCAGUAGCAAACGGGAAAGCUGAAGUCUAUGUAAAGCAAGAGGCAAAGGGGAAGCACUCGGUGCCUGGGAAAAGGCUCAACACGUACAGCUGGCAGGAGAUCCAGAAACACAACCAGGAGACCGUCCAGUGGCUGGUGAUCGAUCGCAAGGUCUACAACGUCACUAGCUGGGCUAGGCACCCAGGUGGGCCCAAGGUCAUCAACCACUAUGGUGGGGAAGAUGCCACGUCCCAGUUGGUGGAAGAUUUCCGAGAACUGUGGAGUUUAUUAGAGGCUAAGAACAUGUUCAAGGCCAACUUGGGGUUCUACUUCCUUCAACUGGCCCAGAUCUUGAUUUUGGAAGCCCUGUCUUGGCUAACAGUGUGGAAUUUUGGCAGUUGCUGGACUGUUACAAUACUCAUUUCCUUUCUUCUCACCAUUUCUCAGGCUCAGAGUUUAUUUUUGCAACAUGACUCAGGACAUCUUUGCAUAUUUAAGAAGUCCAAGUGGAACCACCUGAUGCAUAAAUUUACGGCAGGUCAUCUCAAGGGCUUAUCAUCAAACUGGUGGAAUUAUCAACACUUCCAACAUCAUGUAAAAAUGAACAUCUACCCCAAAGACCCAGAUAUUGACUUCAGCCCACUUAUUUUGCUUGGAGAUUUACAACCUGUGAAGUAUGGCAAGAAGAAAAUAAAAUACAUCAACUAGGAAAAGCAGCACCUAUACUACUAAACAGUUGUGCUCCCCCUGUUCCUGUCUGUAUAUUUCCAUGCAGUAGUAAACCUUCGAAGGUAUUGGAUGGAUACGGCCUAGAUCAGCAGCUUUUACAUCCGCUAUUUCAUCACAUUUGGCCCUUUCUAUGGAAUCGUCGGAAUCGUGUUGCUCACAUAUUUUGUCAAUUUGCUUGAAAGUCUCUGGAUUACAUCUGUUAUCUCUAUGAACCACUUACCAAUGAAAAUGGUCCAAGAGGAGAACUGGGACUGGUUCAGCACUCAGGUCUUGACCCCCUAUAAUGUUGAACAGUCCUUUUUCAACAACUGGUUCACUGGGCACCUGAACUUCCAAACUGAGCACCAUCUGUUCCCCACAAUGCCAUGCCAUAAUUAUCACAAGGUGGCACCACUGGUGAGGUCGCUCUGGGCCAAGCACGGAUUGCAGUAUGUGAAAAAGCCCAUGUUGGAGGCGUUUAGAGAUAUUAUCAGGACCUUUAAGAAAUAUGGAGCUCUCUGGGUGAAGGCCUAUUAUGAGAAAUGA